CGACGCACCAGCACAAACAAGCUCACCUCCUUCGAGCUCCUCGAUUCGUUCAAUUGGACGUCGGGUGAGUUGUUAUACAAUAUUUUCCGCCUCACCGAUGAACAAGGCGAUGUUACCCACUGUUCCCUCCAACAUGCAAUGUCUGUCAGUCACUUCUUGAAGGGACGCUCGACAUAUGGUGUUGGUAUGGUUCUUGAGGCAUGGUUUAGAAGCUCCGACGGAGCGCAAGUUGCAGACACGCAAGAGAGCCUGCAAAUGUACGGUAUGGCAGUGCAGUACAAGGAUAUUCGAGCAGCACGU